GAGUAAAGGGAAUGUGAGUUUUGUAUUUUGUUGUAUACAUAAUCUCGAAAAAUCCAUAAAAUUGGUUUAAAAAUUAACUAAAAACGUACAAGUAUGUUAAAUUUGUGAGAUACUAAUAGUAAGAACUGCAUUACAUGUGAUUUACUAGUAGAUUAAAACUCAAAUAGCAAUCACGAAGUGUUUAAGCAUAAAGGAGUGUUUAAAUAGCCUUAUUUCCUUGAAUACUGGUGGUGAAUUUGUAAAUACCAAUCUUAAGGUUAGUUUUGUUUUUCUCAGAUCCCUCCAAGAUGGGUAAGAUAAUGAAGCCGGGUAAAGUAGUGCUGGUCUUAAGUGGCCGGUACGCGGGUCGCAAGGCUAUCGUAGUCAAGAAUUACGACGAAGGUACCUCCGACAAGCCGUACGGGCAUGCUUUCGUCGCUGGUAUCGACAGGUACCCCCGGAAAGUGCACAAGAGGAUGGGAAAGAAUAAAAUCCACAAGAGGUCCAAGAUAAAGCCUUUCGUGAAGGUUGUAAACUAUAAUCACUUGAUGCCAACACGUUAUACAGUUGACUUCAGCUUUGAAAAAUUCAGCGCAAAAGACCUGAAAGACCCUGCAAAACGUAAGAAGCUGCGUUUCAACACGCGAGUACGUUUUGAAGAGAGGUACAAAAGUGGGAAGAACAAGUGGUUCUUCCAGAAGCUUAGGUUCUAAGUGUAAUUUUAAAAGAAAAUAAACGUUACGUGAGUAAUGAA